UAUAUUUAAUGCCUAACAUUAAAAAAAGUAAUGGGAAUAAUUCUAGAAAAAGGAGGAGUUGAAAGAAAACUGGUUGCCAAGAAUUUAAUAGGGUAUAGAGACAGAGGUGAAGACAAUUGGAAAGAAGCUAGGUCAGAGUGCAAUUGUAUCGAGUUAUUUAAAUCACACAUUUGGUGACUAGAGAGGAGUUAUCAGUUUAUUUAGAAAAAAUUUCAAAAAAAAAAAAAGGAAAUUCUGAGAAUGGGCAGCUGAAAGGCAUCGGGAAGGAAAAAAAAAAAAAAAUAAAAAAAAGAAGAAGCCAAGAGAUAGCCCCCUGGGAGACAGAGUUGGCAAUACAGCUGAUUUUAGAAAGUUAACUCUCCUUCCCAAAUCUCCUGAAAGACUGCAGACUAGCUUAAUUUGUAUUUACUUCCUUAGAAAGUAUUUCAACCCUGAAAGUUUUAGCAAGGAGACCACAAAGUAAAGAGGUGACAUACUUUUCCAAAACACACACUACUAAUUGUAAAAUUUCAUCAAAUAUAAACAGAAGACGUUUUUCUUUUAUAUUUUAUUUUACCAGUUUCAAAAUCUUUGAGGAAAGGAAAUAUUUCAUUUCCUUAGGUGGUAUAGGUGUACGUUGCAGAGUCGCUAAACGCCCGCCCAGAAGAGCAGACAUAAUUCGAUGUGUACAUGUGUUUUUUACGAGGUGGGUCAGCAUUUAUCAACUUCUCAAAAGUGUCAAUGGCCCUGAGAAGUUUAAAUCCACGGCACUGGAUUAUCUUGGGGAGCCCCUGUCAGGUCUCGCUGUAUAGUAAUUCCACGAAUCUUCAUUCUUCAAACCUUAGGUUUCUUUUUUUUAGGGGGGGGGGGGACUCGUUCUUAUCCACGACCACGCAGGUAUGGAGCAGCGCGCGGCAGUGGUGCUCGCGCCGCGGGCGCAGCUCGGCAGUCCCCUUCCGUCCAGCGCUGUGGAAAGGCGUGAAGGGCGCCGCUCCCCGAGUCCGCUCACCACUCCUCACACACGCAGCGGAGCUGGGGCAGCUCCAAGCGUCGAGAAGUGUAAUCCCUCCGCUAAGUACUUGGCUCUCAGUCUCCAAUCACUAGUGGGAGCUGGAGAGGGCAAGUGAAGGGAAAAAAAAAAAAAAAAAAAAAAAAGAUCCAGAGGCAGCCGAGGAGCGAGAGGGGAAAAAAAAAGUCCCGCGGCGGCGGCAGAGCGGCCGCGGCUGCCAGAAGUUGACGGUGCGGCCCGGCGCGGGGCGCGGAGUUGGCGUGGGGCCUGCGCGGGGCGCCCGGACAGUUCGGGGGCCUCGGGGACAGCGGCGCUCAGGACGCUGGUGGCCGGAGCUCAGCGGCGGGUUCAAACUUCUGCUGAAUCAUAACCAUUCAACGCUGAGCUAUGACAAGAGAAGAAACAAAAAGUUAAACGAGCCAGCCUGCCGUAAGUGAGAAGGGCCAUGACCAUCAUGAGGGCGGGAAAACGACCUCUGGGCCUUGAGGUUUGUGCAUCAGAGUCUGAAUAACAAGUGAUGCUGAAGCUGAUUCAGGGGGCCAACACUACUGGAAAAGAUUGCUAUAUACAAAUCUCUAGGCCAGUGGGGAUGAGAAAGAUACUGCCCAAGGAAAUUUACAGAAAUGAAAACAAAAUCACAUCUGAUCUGUGAUCAUCUUAUAGUUGCAAAUUUACUUGAUAACAUGCUUUUGCGAAGCUCAGGAAAAUUAAAUGUGGGCACCAAGAAAGAGGAUGGUGAGAGUACAGCUCCCACCCCUCGUCCAAAGAUCUUGCGUUGCAAAUGCCACCACCAUUGUCCAGAAGACUCAGUCAACAAUAUUUGCAGCACAGAUGGAUAUUGUUUCACAAUGAUAGAAGAAGAUGAUUCUGGGAUGCCUGUGGUCACUUCUGGAUGUCUAGGACUAGAAGGCUCAGAUUUUCAGUGUCGGGAUACCCCCAUUCCUCAUCAGAGAAGGUCAAUUGAGUGCUGCACAGAACGGAAUGAAUGCAAUAAAGACCUUCAUCCCACUCUGCCUCCCCUGAAAACCAGAGAUUUUGUUGACGGACCUAUACACCACAAGGCCUUACUUAUAUCUGUAACCGUCUGUAGUUUGCUAUUGGUCCUUAUUAUUUUAUUCUGUUACUUCAGGUAUAAGAGACAAGAAACCAGACCUCGGUACAGCAUUGGAUUAGAGCAGGAUGAAACGUACAUUCCUCCUGGAGAAUCCCUGAGAGACUUAAUUGAGCAGUCUCAAAGCUCAGGAAGUGGAUCAGGCCUCCCUCUACUGGUCCAAAGGACUAUAGCUAAGCAGAUUCAGAUGGUGAAACAGAUUGGAAAAGGUCGCUAUGGGGAAGUUUGGAUGGGAAAGUGGCGUGGCGAAAAGGUAGCUGUGAAAGUGUUCUUCACCACAGAGGAAGCCAGCUGGUUCCGAGAGACAGAAAUAUAUCAGACAGUGUUGAUGAGGCAUGAAAACAUUCUGGGAUUCAUUGCUGCCGAUAUCAAAGGGACAGGGUCCUGGACCCAGUUGUACCUAAUUACAGACUAUCAUGAAAAUGGUUCCCUCUAUGAUUACCUGAAGUCCACCACCCUCGAUACAAAAUCGAUGUUGAAGUUAGCCUAUUCUUCCGUCAGUGGCCUAUGUCACUUACACACAGAAAUCUUUAGCACCCAAGGCAAACCGGCAAUUGCCCACCGAGAUCUGAAAAGUAAGAACAUCCUGGUGAAGAAAAAUGGAACUUGUUGUAUAGCUGACCUGGGCCUGGCUGUUAAAUUUAUUAGUGAUACGAAUGAAGUUGACAUUCCACCCAACACCCGAGUUGGCACCAAACGCUACAUGCCUCCCGAAGUGUUGGAUGAGAGCUUAAAUAGAAAUCACUUUCAGUCUUACAUUAUGGCCGACAUGUACAGUUUUGGACUCAUCCUUUGGGAGGUUGCUAGGAGAUGUGUAUCAGGAGGCAUAGUGGAAGAAUACCAGCUUCCGUAUCAUGAUCUCGUGCCCAGCGACCCUUCUUACGAGGACAUGCGAGAGAUUGUUUGCAUUAAAAAGCUCCGUCCCUCGUUCCCCAACCGCUGGAGCAGUGAUGAGUGUCUAAGGCAGAUGGGGAAACUCAUGAUGGAAUGUUGGGCUCACAAUCCUGCCUCAAGACUGACAGCCCUACGUGUUAAGAAGACACUAGCCAAAAUGUCAGAGUCCCAGGACAUUAAACUCUGAUGUGAGGAGAAGAAAUAAGCGUCUCUGGAGAAAGCCAGGAGAUAUUCUUCUGUUCGUGGGCAGAGCAGAAGAUGUUCCAGAAGUAUCCACAGUACAAGCCUUGAGUAUCAUCCUGCUUCCCCGUGGGUUCAGCCUCACCUCUCAGGGAGCAGCCUGGACAAAGAGAAGUUCCCAGAAACACGUUCACAUCGUGUCUAUCUGUAGGAGGGAGAAAGUGCUUGGGUAGCUUGUUCAAGAUACAUGAUGCAUGUUGCUUUCUAAGAAAGCCCCAUAUUUUGGGAUUGCCUUUUUUUUCCCCUAAAGAUGCUUUAAUUUUGCCAAAAUAGAACAAAUCAUGUAGAAGUUUUAAGGUUUAUACUGUUAUAGUUUAAUAAAUAAUAGCAACAAAAGUUCUUCCCAGAAAUUCUGCUGGAUGGUAAAUUUUAAAAUACCUUUUUCCAUUAGUGAAAAAGCCUUUUUCCAUUAAAAAGGAAAAAAUACCUUUUUCCAUUAGUGAAAUCUGUUGCACUCUGCACACCAAAAGACAGUCUGCGGAGUUGGAGAACAUAGAACGGAACUCAUGUGAAAAUCUUCCCCCUUCUGCCUCCUCAGACCGCUUUGGCCAGCCCUGCCUACAGGGGCCGCCGCAGCAAUGUGAAUGCACCUGGGCACAAGUACCACCUGUGUGGGGCCACGUUUUGGGUUCCUGUGGGUGCCCUUUUGUAGCUUCAGAUGACACGGAACAAAUGAAGGUUUUCUGUGACUCUGUUAGAAGUAGUUAAGUGUCGAUGCCGUUCUUCAGAACUACUUUGUGUUUCUGAUUCUUUUAAGGCAUUUCUGUCAUGGUGAAGUCCUUUCCUUUUCAUUAAACACAAACAAAGGUGUUUUUUAUGUGCAGAGAAUUGACUCAUGCCUGGUUUUGAUCUCUCAAAUGAAAGGAUCAAUAUUAAAUAAAAUCGCAGUCAGCUGGAUUAAAAACAAGGCUCUUUAAAAUAGAGAUACUUUGCUCCUGUGUUGCAAGAAAGAUGUGUCAGUAGGACAGAGGAUGAGGGUGGGGGUACAAAUGGCCUGUUUCUUGGAUAUGCAGAAGAGCCUGUCUCAGAACCACAAGGGGAAAGGACACACACCUUGUUUUGUAUAGACAAAGACAGUUUCUUUUGUGUCUGAGUGAAGGGAAGGGGAGGAAAGCACGUUAGGUUAAUUUAACUAAAUUUUAAUUUUAAAAAUAUAAAUAUAACCUCCAGAUGGGACAGCAGGAAGAGCUAGUGGAGGCCACAAAAUGUGGUAGCUGCUGUGACUUGGUUUUCCAAAAUAGAUACGGAUCAAGCACAUACAUCUUACAUGAUAAGUUCCUGUCUUAGAGGAGUGCUGACUCAGUUUAUUUUAUUCUUGUGAUGUUCAGUUCACUUUUUAUUUAUAUAUUUUUUCUUCUCUGUGGCGCUUGUGCAAAUCAUCUCCUCACCUCCUCAAUUCUGUGGGGUUUUAAACUUUGGAGGAAUGUGAGGUAAAUCAUUGACAGGGCCAAUAUUUCUUAGCAACAGGAACAUAAAGCUCAGAAUUAUGAACACCCCUCUCAACUGUGUUCAUUUACAUUUCCUUAUUUUUCUUUGGUUUUCUUUUGUUUCUUCGAAAAUCCUGCAGUGUUUAGUGAAGAAUUGGGAAGUGUUUCUCCUUGGUCUUUUUAAAAAGGACGUUCCUUCCAGCAUACUCUAGGGGGCACUGUUUUAUAACACAUUUUCACCACUUGGUGCCUGAAGGUUGGAGGGUUUUUGAACAUUUGACAGCUGAAGAAAAAUGAGAAGAUAUGCCCCUCACUGCUGAAGGAGGCUUGCAGCUGAUGACUUGUUCAUCCCAAAAACCUCUCAGAGCGCAGAGUGGUUGUGACGCCCGUGUAAGUUUGGGGAGAACGCAAGGAGAACUGGUGUUCUCCGUUCUAAGCAUUCACUUCCCAGUGCCUCGUAGCUGCAUUUUGUUUGUAACAAAGAAGGAUUUUCUUAACCCUUGAAUAGGAACAAAAUUUCUGGUUUUUGAAGCUCACAAACAGUUGUUUCCAAAUAUAAUUGUAAUCAGAAUGCUGCUGGUAGUAAUAUUAAAAUCACCUGAAUAACAGUGUAAACAAAGGUUCCUUUCCCUUGCAUCAAAUUGUAUUCUUUGUGAUAGUUUAGAGGGAAUAUGUGUCUAGAACUAUGCGUGAUAAUCAUCUGAGCCGUGGAGAGAAGCUUCAGUGCUUCUAAUCUGAUAAUCUGCAAACACAUGAGUAAACAUGGAUGCCAGUUAAGUGGGGACGCGUUUGUGUUUCUUGGUUUUCUCCAAAUUUAAGCGAGGUUGGGCUUGCUUACAUCUUCGAUUAAAAAUUCUUGUUCUUUUUGGCAAAUUUUUAUACAUAGAUAACUUCAUAUCAAAAUAUUUUGUGGGGAGGUGAUGAUUUAAAAGUAAACCAGAUUUUUAGAGAGGUGUUAGUUCCAAUGAAGAAAGGAAAGAAAUCAAAACAGCAUCCAGAUUUCUUCUAGAUUAUUUGUUGUUUUGGAAAAAUCUAUAGCUUACUUUCUAACUCUCAAACUGAUUUACUCACGAUGAACAUUUAAAAAUUAUUCUCAAGAUAUUUAAAAAGGUCCCUUUAGUUAUUAGAGUCUUUCGAUGAGAUAGGAAUUGAUUUAUGAGUAGAUUUUUCUUUGUGUCUCACCCAAAUCUGCCUUGCUUAAGGAAUACUAAAUUGUUCUCACAGAGACUACCUACUCACUUCCAAAUAAUCCUUUUUGGUUUUUAAAUUUUUAGUAGCUUAGAAGUGAAUUUUAGUUUUUUGUUUUGUCUUUCAAUAGAAUAAGGGGGAACCUGGAAAUUAUUGUAGUCAAUUGUUUCCUUUCAGGACUCUUUCGAAGUCUAAAAUUUUUCUCCUAAUCACUCCCUCCCCUUCAAGGGAAUCCUAAAAUAUUAGUUAUUAGCUAAUAUAAGUUUUAUAGGCUAAGAUGUUCAGGUUUAUAGUUUAUGUAUGUGUGUACAUAUUAUAUAAAUAUAUAUGUAUAUAUAAAUAUUAUGUUCAGCUUGGAGUCUGGCACAACUCCAUUAUGUGGAUUAGAGAGUAAAAUAUUAUAGAUGAUAAAGUACUAAAUGAAACAUAGUAUUUAUUUAUGAAAGUGUGUAGUUGGUCCAGUCACAAGUGACAGUGCUAUGAACACUGUAUGAGGAGACAGGCCCUUGGCUCCUGGACAGCACCACUCCGAAGUCACUAGUGACCAUUCUUUUUAUUCUUUAAACAUAAAGCUUCUUAGAAAACAUGUCACGAUUUGAUUUACAAGGAAUCCUUUGACACAUUUCAAUUGUGUAGUCAGGUAUAGGAAAUACUGAAUAAUGACAGAAUUUCAUGUUCCUCAGAGUCAUGCAUAUUCAUUAGAAGUUACGGUGGUUUACACUGUUGGUCUGUUCUGGUUCUUCUUUGCUAGUGAGCAGAAAGGCACUGGAAGAAGCCGAAAUUUUUAAAUUUGAAUAGUUCUGCAGUUACAUCUCCUUAGAAAACCCAGUCACAUAGCAGGGGGAAUGAAAGAAGUGGUAUCAGAAGUGAUUUAAUUUAGCAAUUAUGAUUCCUCUUGUAAAACAAAACAAACCACAAUGCCAUAUUUUUUGGAGAGAAGUUGGCACUAUAUAAGGGGUUUUGUUGUCUGUCUGUUUCAAAAGAAGAUUCAUUUGUGUUCUUUUGGGGAACCAGUGCCUUAUUGAAUUUGUAUAUACUGUAAUUAUUCAGGACUAGGGAACAAACAAUUGUAUUUGUUACAAAUUGUAUAUGGCUUUGUUUUAACAUUCCCCGAAAUAAAAUGGUUUCUUUCUCCCCUUGGAAAGAACAUGUCUGUCAUCUUA